ACGCAUAACCAGUUAGAAAGGCUCCCCCCGGCCUUGUGCUCCUGACCAGCGAUGGCCCGCAAAGGCUUCGAGAACAACGACUCGAGUGGUACCACCGUUGGCAUACGUUCCUUGAGCAGGCCGACGGGGUCUCGCUUUUGCUGGGUGACCCGUUGGAGACAGACUACUGGACAAGAGCCGGUCGGCGGAAGGCUGCUUGCUAUGAGAAUUCCCAAGCGAGCUGUUGGUGCAGCACACACACCAUCCCAUCUUUGACCUCGCCAAUCAGGGCCGGUCGGGCAACCUGAAAGUCAGCCCUGCAAACCAAACUGCUGAGGUGAAUUAGGUUGACAGUGAGCAAGCAACCAGUACCAUCAGGCUGAGCCGUUUGUUAAUACCACUCGCGAGGGUUGCUUUUCGAGGUGAGGGUGGGUUGAUGAACAUGGAAGUGCUGAGUGGGUCGCCGCUGUCUGCCCAGACAUCGCCCAGCCCCCCUCCCCCCCGGAAUUGACAUUGGCCAGAGCGGGGACCAACAGCAAAAAGCUACCAUCCAUCUUGACUGUCACGGACGCUGAUAUCACGGGUGAGGCGAGGAUAGUUACCUAGACAGUAAUAGAGUAGUCGGGGGAUGAGUAAAAGAAAGAAAGGAGCAAACAGAGUAACCCGGAUUGUGCAUAAACCGGGCUGGAGACGCAAUGCAAUGCCAUCAUGGAAAUGCCAGUUCACACCUCAGCUAGGUACCCGCUAGAGAAGGGCAGCCAGCCAGUCCAGCCAGUCCAGUCGAGCCCCUGGCUCCAGCCCAAACACCGACUUGUUCCCCUCAACUCACUAAAAAAGCUGCGUCGACUGCCCAACCUUGGAACGACACGCUGCAGGCUGGACACCACGCAGCCCACGCUUCUCCAACCAAAUCCCGACCCCCAAUUCCCGUCUUUGUCCACCCUCGCCCUCGCCCUCCCACCGCAUCUCACGAUCAAUCCUGUCUGUUGUCUUUUUUUGUGUUGUUUAUCUAUUUUGCACCGCAACAGCAGACAAGAACCUCCACCGCCCCGCUGCCUGUCUGCCUCCUGACCGAUUAAUCGACUGACCGAAACCGUUGCCAAAUCAACCAACCAAGCAAGGCACCUGAAAGCCAACCACCCACCCUGGACGACUCGACUCGACUGCUUCUCUCUGUGAAAUUGUCUUUGCAUCAUCAUCACCGCCUCCACCAGCGCGCCUCCCUUCUACCGACGCCCUUCCUCUUGCAAGACUCUUACUCACCGUGUUCAAUUGUCCGGGCUCCGGGAGUCCGACCAUGACAACCACAAUGCCAGCCGCUGGCACCGAAAUGCCAAUCCGGUCGCAGUCUGUCCGGACACGGCGCCCGCCCACAGGCACCCGCCCCGACCCUCUGCCACGGUCCGAAUCAUCUACGAGAGCCGAGGCGUCGCGCCCGUCACGCACGAGAAGCCAGCGCUCGACAAAUGCCCCGUCUCCUCGUCACCCCCAGCAGCCUGACUCCUCGGCUGCUCCCCCAAGCCACCACGCCGAAGAGCACCGCGGCGAUGGCACUUCAACCGACCCCCGGAGGCACCACACCUCCAAGCACAAAUACCGUACCAUGAUUCCCGCCCCUUCGGGCAAUUACACCUUUAUCAAGACCAUUGGCCAGGGGAGCAUGGGCAAAGUCAAGCUGGCCAAAAAGGAGGUCACAGGCGAACUGGUUGCUUGCAAGAUUAUCGAAAGAGUGUCACCCGACGAUGGUCGCCAGAGCAGGGAGGAGAGAGAGAAGGCGGAUGCUGCCAGGGAAGACCGAAAUGCGCGCGAGGCUGCCAUCGUCAGCCUGCUCAACCACCAGUACAUCUGCGGACUCCGGGACAACCUGCGAACGAGAUGGCACUGGUACAUGCUGUUUGAAUACGUUAAUGGCGGUCAAAUGCUGGACUACAUCAUUUCUCAUGGAAAGCUCAAAGAAAAGCAGGCUCGGAAAUUCGCCCGCCAGAUUGCAAGCGCCGUCGACUACUGCCACCGAAACAGCAUUGUCCACCGGGACCUGAAGAUUGAAAACAUCCUCAUCAGCAAGACGGGCGACAUUAAGAUUAUUGACUUCGGCCUCAGCAACCUUUUCUCGCCGGACGAGGACAGGAAAUUGAAGACCUACUGUGGCAGUCUGUACUUUGCCGCCCCCGAGCUGCUCCAGGCGAAACCCUACACUGGCCCAGAGGUUGAUGUCUGGAGUUUCGGUGUCGUGCUUUUCGUGUUGGUGUGCGGAAAGGUGCCCUUUGAUGACCAGUACAUGCCCGCCCUCCACCAAAAGAUCAAGAAGGGUGCUGUUGACUACCCAAGCUGGCUGUCUAGUGAAUGCAAGCAUCUGAUCUCGCGGAUGCUGGUGACGGAUCCAAGACAACGUGCUACCAUGCAUGAGGUCAUGAACCACCCCUGGAUGCUCAAGGGUUACAACGGGCCACCCGAGAAUUAUCUCCCGCAGCGCGAACCCCUGUCGCUCCCGCUCGACAACGAAGUUAUUGCAAACAUGACAGGCUUUAAAUUUGGCCCUCCAGAAUACAUUAGGGAGGAGUUGACCAAGAGAAUCAAGUCUCCAAAAUACCAAGCGGCUGUCAGACGACUCGAAAGGGAGAGGGAGCAACCGCAGCCCACACCCAAGGACGUCGAGAAGAGACGUGGCUUUGGGUUUGACUUUUACAAGAGGAGGAACUCAGUCACCAGCCGGGACACACUAACCACCGCCAGCUCCGAGGGUCUUCCGAUUGGUGAUGACCCGCUGAACGCGUUUGACCCUCUAAUUUCCAUCUAUUAUCUCGUGCGGGAGAAGCUAGAACGCGAGCGUGAGGGCCAGGCCGCCCAGGCUGGUCCACUAGCGGCGCCACCCAAGGUUCAAGUCCCGCCAUCACCACAGCAGGCCCAGCCCCCACCGGUGCCCCCAUCUCCAAUUGUACGACCCAAGGAGAAGCACUCUCUUGCCGAGAUCGUACCCCCAGCACCAGCUCACACCGACGGCGGACGUGGAACCCGAACCAGGGCUAGGUCCCACAGCGAGGAGCAAACCAGAGAACCCGUCAAGAAUGGGCUCUUGUCGCCUGACAUGAUCCCCCAAAAGAAGGAGAGCACUGCUGCUGGCAUCUUCCGACGACUCAGCACCCGCGACAGAAAGAAGGACGUCGGCGAUCCUACUGGCAAGUCUAUUCAAAAGUCGGUCUCUAUGCGCGCCAAAUCGCUCGGCCACGCCCGCAGGGAAAGCAUCCAAGCGCGGCGGGCGAAGCGGGAGGCCGAGGCAGCCCGAGGCGAUGCGGCGCCUGCCACCGCGCUACCUGUGCGGGAGGAAACCGACGCUGAACUGGGCGAGCUCGACAAUGACAACGGCGGCGAGACAAGCGGCGGUUCCCACGAGCGUCUUGAGCCAGAGGAUCCCGACCUUGCCAAGCCUGUCUUCCUCAAGGGCAUUUUUAGCGUGUCGACUACCUCGACAAAGCCACUGGUGGAGAUUAGGGCGGAUAUCAAGAGGGUCCUGAGGGCGCUUGGGGUGGAUUACAAGGAGAUCAAGGGUGGGUUUAGAUGUGCGCAUAGUCCUAGCAUUGCCGAGCGUCAGCCUCAGUAUGACCGGUCAAGGUACAGCCAUCAGAGCAGUGAUGAGAGGAGAGGUGGUGGAAGCAGGGGCAUGGACGAUGGGGAGAUUAAGUUUGAGAUUUUGAUUGUCAAGGUCCCUAUCGUGAGCUUGCAUGGUGUGCAGUUCAAGAGGGUGGGCGGUGAUACUUGGCAGUAUAAGGCGAUGGCGGAGCAUAUUGUGAGGGAGCUGAGGUUGUAGAUGGGGGAAAACAUAAAACGGGGUUAGGAUAGAGUAGUUUUGGGGGUAUACAUGGACGCGGGUGGUUUGAAUGGUAUAGGAGGAACGAAACAAAGAGGAAGGAGGGGGAAAUUGUGUUUGGCUUUUGUUCUCUUCUUUGGCAUGGCAUACGGUGGCUUGGGGGGAAAGCGGCGGGUAGGGACUUUUUUUCUUGGUGGCUUUUGAGAGAAAGAGAGAGAGAGAGAUCCAUUUGCAAGUUUUCAUGAUUUGAGAAUUUUUAUUAUUCUAAUUACUUUUUAUUAAUACGAGACUUUUUUUCUUGCGCCUGUAUGGGAUGUAUAGGCAUGCAUGUAAGGUUUCUGCCCUCACUACA